GCUCCCGGCGGGCCCAUGGCGGCUCCGGGGGUGCUGCUGCUGCUGCUGCUGCUGCUCGUGGCUUGGCCGGGGGCCGCCGUGCGGGACUCGCUGCUCAACACCUGCAUGGAUGCCAAGCACCACAAGGCAGAGCCGGGCCCCGAGGGGCAGCUCUACGGGCAGUGCUCGCUCUGGAAGGACAACGCCUGCUGCACGGCCAACACCAGCCUGGAGGCCCACCGGGACCAGUCCUACCUGUACGGCUUCAACUGGGACCACUGCGGGGUGAUGCCCCCCCGCUGCAAGCGCCACUUCAUCCAGGACACGUGCUUGUACGAGUGCUCCCCCAACCUGGGGCCGUGGAUUGACCAGGCGGACACGAGCUGGCGUCGGGAGCGGAUCCUGCACGUGCCCCUGUGCCGGGAGGACUGCGAGCAGUGGUGGGAGGACUGCAGGGACGCCUUCACCUGCAAGGAGAACUGGCACAAGGGCUGGAACUGGACCUCAGGUCAGUGGGGGGGCACUGGGACCCCCCCAUGGGUCACCACCUCCCCUUGCCACAGCCUGCGGCCUGCUUGGACGGGCUCUUGGGGGGUCUGCAUGGG